AUGGAGUCCUCACGCGGUCCUCCGCGGGUCAAAAACAAGGCCGCUGCACCCGUGCAGAUAUCGGCAGAGCAGCUGCUACGAGAAGCCGUCGAUCGACAGGAGGGCGCCCUUCAAGCCCCGACACAGCGGUUUGCCGACUUGGAAGAACUUCAUGAGUUCCAGGGACGCAAGAGAAAAGAGUUCGAAGAUUAUGUGCGCCGCAAUCGAAUCAGUCUCAAGAACUGGCUGCAGUACGCAGGGUGGGAACUCGAGCAGAAAGAGUUUGCGCGUGCUCGCUCCGUCUAUGAGCGAGCGCUCGAUGUAUUGCCUAACAAUGUUACGCUGUGGAUUCGAUACAUCGAGGCUGAGAUCAAGAGCCGCAAUAUCAAUCAUGCGCGCAACCUGCUGGACCGCGCUGUCACGCGACUGCCCAGAGUCGACAAGCUAUGGUACAAGUACCUUUAUGUCGAGGAGAUGCUUGGGGCGAUUGCCAAUACAAGACAAGUGUUUGAGAGAUGGAUGCAAUGGGAGCCAGAUGAGGCGGCCUGGGGUGCUUACAUCCGGCUAGAGAAGAGAUACGGCGAGUUCGACAGAGCGAGGCAGAUCUUUCAGCAGUUUGUAGUGGUACAUCCCGAGCCGCGCAACUGGAUAAAAUGGGCGAAGUUUGAGGAAGAGUUCGGCACCAGUGAUCUGGUUCGGGAGGUUUUCCAGACUGCGAUCGAGUCUCUUGGUGAUGAGUUCGUGGAUGAAAGGCUUUUCAUUGCAUAUGCUCGUUAUGAAGCCAAACUCAAAGACUAUGAUCGAGCGCGAGCCAUCUACAAGUUUGGCUUAGACAACCUCCCCAGAUCCAAGUCCAUGCUUCUCCACAAGGAAUAUACUACGUUCGAGAAGCAAUUUGGUGAUAGGGAGGGUGUCGAAGAUGUCGUUUUGUCCAAGAGAAGGCGGCACUACGAGGAGCAAGUGAAGGAGAACCCUAAAAACUACGACAUAUGGAUCGACUACACCAGGCUCGAGGAGACUUCUGGUGACAUUGACCGAGCACGCGACGUCUAUGAAAAGGCUGUUGCUCAGGUGCCACCCACCCAGGAGAAGCGUCAUUGGAGGCGGUAUAUCUUCCUAUGGAUCUUUUACGCGCUUUUCGAGGAGUUGCAAACGAAAGAUGUCGAGCGAGCCCGCCAGAUUUAUGACACAUGUCUCACGCUUGUUCCUCAUAAGAAGUUCACAUUUGCCAAAGUAUGGCUUAUGAAAGCUCAAUUUGAGGUUCGCCAAGGCCAACUCACCGCAGCACGAAAGACUCUUGGCCGAGCUAUCGGCAUGUGUCCGAAAGACAAGAUCUUCAAGGGCUACAUCGAGUUGGAGCAAAAGCUCUAUGAGUUUGAGCGUUGCAGGACGCUGUACGAGAAGCAUAUCAUGUACAACCCAGCCAAUUGUCAAACAUGGAUCAAAUGGGCCGAGCUAGAGCGUGGCCUGGACGACCUGGACCGAACACGCAGCAUAUUUGAGCUUGCUAUUGGCCAGCCUGUGCUUGAUAUGCCCGAGGUCGUCUGGAAAGCCUAUAUUGACUUCGAGGAGGAGGAAGGCGAGUACGAGAAGACGCGCGAUCUAUAUGAGCGGCUGCUGGCGAAGGCCGAUCAUCCAAAGGUCUGGAUUAGCUACGCGCAGUUCGAGAUCAAUAUACCCGAGGGCGAGGAAGAAGAGGCAGAAGACGAGGAGCAGCCAAUCAGCGAGGAGGCGAAGGCACGUGCUCGCAAAGUCUUCGAGCGUGCACACAAGAGCAUGAAGGAUCGCGAGCUCAAGGCAGAGAGAGUGUCGCUGCUCAAGGCUUGGCUCAGCUUCGAACAGGAGCAUGGCUCGCCGGAAGAUAUCGAGAAGAUCCAGAAGCAAAUGCCACGCCAAGUCAAGAAGCGGAGGAAGCUGGAGGACGAUACUUGGGAGGAGUACAUCGACUAUGUCUUCCCGGCGGACGACAAGCAGACGCAAGACUUGUCAAAGUUGUUGGCGAUGGCGCAGGCUUGGAAGCAGACAGGGUCCAACUCGGCAGCAGGAGGUUGA